AUGUCUUUAACCCAGGCCAAAUUGACCUUCGUCGAGAAACUUGACAUUUUGCCGGCUCUCGCCAGCAUCAUUGUCGCUGCCUUCUAUGCUCUCCUGACCGGCCUAUGGCGCACUGAGCGCCAGGCCAAAUCCCUCCUCUUACAUUUUGGCUAUGCCAUCAUGCGCAAGUCCACAGCGCGAUUGUCGUCAACUCAGAUGCAGUUCAUUCUACCAGGGUCUGCAACAAUCUAUGACCGGUUCUCGAAGAAACUGGGCUAUAAGCCGGAGUCGGUGGAGUUGGGACACGGCGCUAUCGGCCACUGGAUCGGGGACCCCAAUGCGACAAACGUGCUGAUUUGGUAUCACGGCGGUGGAUUCUGCUUACCAUCUAAUCGUGGCUACAUUAAUUGGUAUGCGCAGCUCGUUCGCCAUCUAGAGGCUUCAGGCAAGAGUCUCGCUGUUUUCUCUCUCACCUACACUCUCGCCCCCAAUGCCACAUACCCGACGCAGCUCAAGCAAGCAGUUUCUUGUGCCCGAUAUAUCCUCACCCAGCCAAAUCGGGAUCCUGCAACUGUUUUUCUCGGCGGUGACUCCGCUGGCGGAAAUUUAGCGUGUGGUGUGCUAUCGCACGCCGCCCACCCCCACCCCCAGAUCGAGCCUUUGCCCGUGAAUGGCAAAUUGGGUGGUGCCGUCAUGAUCGCUCCAUGGACUCUGCUCGACACUGAGUUCCCCGAGCAGGAAAUUUACCCAGGUGGUGAUUUGAUUACACCAGAGGUUGCGGGGCCUUGGGCGUCAGCUGUGUUGGGAGGUGCGCCGCGAGACAACUACACGGAUCUUUUCCAUGCCCCUGUGGAUUGGUAUUCGAAAUUUCCGGUGAGUACCGUGCUUAUCACGGCUGGUGGUAAUGAGAUUUUGCUGCCGAUUAUUCUGGAAUUCGCGAAGAAGUUCAAAAAUGGGUUUGGGAACGUAGAGAUAUUUGUUGGACAUCGCGAGUGUCAUGUUGCACCGGUUUAUAAUUCCAUGUUACACGAUCACACGGAGACGGAGCAGGGGAAGAUGAUUAAGUCGUGGUUGGCGGAGCUGGCGCACUAG